GUAUUAUUAAUAGCUUCAACAAAAUACUAAGGAUAUGUCAGCGAUAGAGGAUGGUUUGGAGAAAGCUCAUUUGGCUCACCUCAAUAGAAUGAUACAAACUCACGAGGAUGAAUUGCAGAAACAUGUAUUCGCUGUUCUUGCAGAAGUGCUGUCUGCUGAUGAACUAGAGGAAACCGUCUGCAUUUUGACUUGUCUUAUGACUGAGGCAGAAGUGCAGUGGAGCUUUAUUCUCAGUGUCCAGCUUGAAGCUUUAUACUGGUGGUUGGAAAGUCGUCAAACAAGUGCAGAAAGUUUUACAGCAUUUGAAGAGAUGAAAAAUGAAGAUGUACAAAAGCGCCUUCAACAGUUUAGCAAAGACGUAAACGUCCUAAUUGGAGACAAGCAACUUGAAGAAAAGGACAAGUCAAGUUUGCAGCUUAUGCACGAAGAAGCUGUUCUGAAAGUUGUGACAGAUUACAAACAGAAACUCGACAAAGAAGUCAUAGUCAUCCAUGAAAAUAUGAAGAAAAUCAGAGAAUCGAAUAUAAAGAAACUGGAAGCAGAACAACAAGAGAAGAUGGAAGAGAAAGUUGACACGUGGUGUCAACAGGUGGGCGAUGGAUUGUUGACGUUAGAGUAUUUUAUUGAGAUGUAUAGAACGGAGGUGGGAGAGCAGUGCAGCGAGUGGUUACAACUGCACAAGCAAGCAGACAAUGAAGAAAGCCAGGAGCUCGAGAAACUGAAGAAGAGCAAGUUUGAUGAGUAUCUUGAGACCGUCAAUAAAGAAGAAGUUCAAAUUUAUAACAAACUGGCACAGAAAGCGCAACUUUCAAAGUCUGAAACAUAUCAGAUGUUGGAGCAAAAGAAAGGAAACACUCAGUUCAUUAUCGCUGCAUCGAGAAAGAAAUUUGAAGCAAAAGAAGCAGAAUUGAAAGGAAGGAAGACUGACAAACUUUGGAAAUGUGAGAAAUUGAAUUUGGAGGGUGAACGUGAUCAGUUUGUUAAAUUUGAAUUGGAAGCUGUUACACGAAUGCUAGAGAAACAAAUUGGAUUGAGUCAACGCAUGCACAAACGGGUGACAGCGGAGCACAAACGUUUAGCAAUUUGUUUAGCAAAUCAACUUCUUCUUAGCAAAGUUCGACAGCAAAAGAGACUUGAGCAUCGAUUGGCUCAACAAAAUGUUCGUCUGGUCCUCUUGCAACAGAAACAUGAUGAAGAAAAGAGGCAAACUAAACAACAAUCUCCUGAGCUAAUUGAGAUGAUCCUCCAACGACAGAAAGAAGAGUAUAUUGAUGCAAAGAAGGAGCUGGACAGGCUGGCCUUUGCAGCUAGAAAUGAACUGACAAGUCGAUUAGCUCAACAGACUGAAGAAGCUGCAAAUUUUCAGGAUAUGAAGCUCGGUAUAUUGAUGGGAAAAGUUCAAGCUGAAAGACUAAGGAAACAAGAAGUAGAAGCUCAUCAGGAAGUGACAGUACAAAACCUAAAGAAAAGAUUACUCUCGAGUGUAACACUGCCUCAGGAGGAAACACAUGUUAUUAUGGAACAGCAUCAGCGUGACAUGGAUAAACUACAUCGUUCUCGUAAAAUAUCAAGAAGCCAUCAGAUUAUGGCAAUGACUGAAAAGCUCAAUGCAAAAAAGCUAAAGAAGGAAAGAGAACUGGAAAGCUCAAUGUCUACUGCUAGUGAUGAAUCAAAAACUGGACAGCUUAAGAAAACCAAAUCUGCAACUGUUAUGUUGGCUCAUGUUAUAAAAAAUCAGCAAAGAAAAGUUGCACUUGAAACAAUGACCGAAGACUUUGAACUAGAGCAGGCAAGAAUUACUAAGGAACUAAAUGAUGAGUCGGAACAGCAACUAAAACAUGAUCUUCAGGAGGCAGAGAAGAAUCUAAUUGGGCAAUUGGCUGUCAAAAGCAAGCUAUCAGAAAAAGAGCUUGAGGACUUGGUCAGACAGUCAGCUCCAGGCACCACUACAACAAUUGUAUACACUAGUGGCUUGUCAAGUGACAUCAAAAAGAUAUCAAAACGAUUGUCCAUUUCAUCGUGAAGAGAGUUCUCUUGUACAAGAAACUCUGACAAUCUAAAUGAAAAUUCUUGCUGAACAAUAUUAUUAAUGCACUCAAUGAUGUCUGAAUAAUGUGUCUGAAAAAACAAUAAA